GACAUUCUGGAUUUUAUGCUCUACUUUGGGAUUUUAAUACUGCUCACUAAUGAUGAAAUAAAGCAGACUGGACGAGUGGUUCCAGUAGGAGGCGUGUCACUGGGCUUCAGAGGGGGAGAGCGAUGUCACAGAAGUAGCAGGGAAGAUGGCAACUCUCGCAUCUCUCACCCAGGUGGUGAGCGGGAAUCCUGUUUAUGAGAACUUCUACAGACGGGUGGAUCCUGAAAACACUGGCAAAGUAGGACCAACAGAAGCAGCGCUUUUUCUCAAAAAGUCUGGACUACCUGACAGUACAUUGGGGAAGAUUUGGGAUUUGGCUGAUCCUGAGGGAAAAGGCUAUUUGGACAAACAGGGAUUUUAUGUUGCUCUCCGUCUGGUGGCCUGUGCGCAGAGUGGUCAGGAAGUCAGUGUUUCUAGCAUCAACCAAACAGUCCCUCCUCCACAGUUUAAGGAUACCAGCAGUCCCUCUUUGAGCAGCACAACCUCUUUGUCUUGUGAAUUGCUGUGGGCUGUUAAGGUAUGUAAAGACAGCAACACAGUCACGUUAACGGAAUAUUUUCUGUAUUUGAUUUUUUUUCUUUUUAAACAAUGGAAAAAUUCAAAGCUUGGCUGUCAUUUUGACAGGUUAUAAUUCACACCCUUGACUGGUGCACAUGGACAGACAUUAUAAACUUUACGCAAAGAAUUCAUCGCAGAGGCAGCUAAAAUUAAUCAAUAAAAAAAUGUUUUUGAAUAUCAUCU